AUGUAAACAUUUGAGAUUGAAAAAAGAAUUUGUUAAGUUCAUAAAUUAGAAAUAGUAGUAGUUGAUUUGAAAUCAUAAACAAGAAUUGAUGACAAAUAUUUAUGCACAAGAUGUCUGGCUGAGAGAGUCGAUAAAGAAAAUAUGGCAUUGUUAAAUGAAGCUACAGAAAUGAUAUAAAGUAUGAAGACCCAAACUGAAAAACUUGCUAAGGAAGAGAAUGUUCUAAGAUUAAACAAUUUAAAACAAUUGUAAUCAUCCAUAAAAUCAUACAAAAACUAAAUCAAGAUAGAAAUUGAAAAAUUACUAUAAUUAAUUGAUCAAUAAGUGGAAUAAAUCCAAUUUGAAAUUGAAUCAAAGGAAUCCAAGUUAGAAUUCAAAAAUUAUGAUGAGGAAAUUCAAAUUCUAUCAAAAAAUUAUAUAGGAAAUUUUAAUUAUAAUAUACCAAAAUAACUAACAUAUAAGGAAAAAGACUUAGCCCUUUUCCAAAUUAUUUAUGAAUCAUUGUAAUCUUAGUAAAAAUCGUAAAAUUUUAACUAAAUCAUGGAAUCCAUAGAAUUAAUAAAAUCUAGUGUACCAAUCAAUUAAUCUGCUAAUAUCAACUAAAUGCCUGCCAAAGAAUUUGAUCAACAUGUAAUUUGUAAUUAUUUAUAUUAGAAAACUCCUUAUCUUAAUUAGAUUUGUAAUAAACAUAACAAGGAAAUAAUUAUGUUAAACAUAAAUUAAACUGAACCAGAGUUUGGGAGGUUAGCAUGCGUAGAAUGUAUUGAAGAAAAUCCUAUUUAAUAUAUCAGUUUAAAAGAAGCAAACAAAAGAUGGAAUUCAUUUAUGGGUUAAUCAGAGGAUUUAAUUUCUAAACAUAAUUUUAAAAGAGAACAAUAAUUUAAUAUGGUUGCUCAAGAAGUUAAAUAACUAAAAGAUUAUUACAAUGAAUAAUUAUCAGAAAUGAUCAAAAAUAUAGAUUUAUAACUAACAAAGAAUAAUUCAGAUAUUUAAGAUUUCAUUAAAUUAGAGAAUAAAAAAAUAUUUGAGUUAGAUGAAAAAUAAGUUGAAAACAUGAUUAAUUUAUUGAGUUAAAAAGAUCAAAAUAAGAAAAUAUUGGAACAAUAAGAGAAAUAAGAUAGACUCGAUUAAUUAUUUUAUUAGGACAUAAAAUAUAAAUUAGAUUCUCUUAUCAAACACGAUUUGCUUUGUAAGUAAUAAUUAAUAAAAAUUCUGACAUUAUCAGGUAGUUAUUUAAUUAUCAAUAGAUUCAAAUCAAAUCAACAUAAAUGAUAUACAGGAAGAUAAAAUAAGUCCAGAAAUACAUGAAUUUAUUUCAAAAUGCUAAUUAUAAGAUCAAUAUUUAAACAUAUUUAAUGAAUCAGUUAAUUUAUAAAUAGAAUUAUUGAAAGAAUAAGAAACUCUUAAAUAAAAAGGAUAAAUAAAUUAAAUUAUUGAUUAAGAAGGCAAAGCAGAUGCAGAAUUACCAAGGACUGAAUUAAUUAAGACAUAUUAUUAACAAUUUGAAAUAAAUUCGAAGAAAAUGGAGAAAUUAAUCAUGGUUGAUGAAACAGAAUAAAAUUUAAUAGAGAUGUCAUCAUAAAAGGAACAAUUGCAACUUCAGAUAUAAGACGAAAAAGAAGAAAGAAAAUUAAUUUCAUAAAAAAUUUAAAAUUUAGAGGAAAAUUUAAACACUAAUUUUUCAACUUUGGACCAAAAGAUUAUAAAACAAGAAUAAUUAUCAUAAUAAAUAGAUUAAUAAUUACAAUAACAAAAAUUAGAAUUGGGUUUAUAAAUUAAUGAUGCAAGCAACAAAUCUUAGUUAAGUUUAGCUGAAGUAUAAAGCUCCAUUUCAACUGAUUAAUAUAGAUUAACUUGUUAAAUAAAUGAUUUAAAGUCAGAACUUAGUAUGGUUAAUAAGGACAUGAAAAAUUUUCGAAAAUCUUCAAUUAUUGAUGAAUAAUUAAAGAAGCUUGAAGAAGAGUUUGAAAUCAAAUUUUAGGCACAGAAUGAGAAAGUCUCAACAAUAAUUGAAGAAAAUUAGUCUUAAUUUAAAAAACAAGAAUAAGAAUCUGAAUGUCUUUAAAAAUUAAUAGAGGCUUAAAACAAUGCAAAUUUAGAAUUAAAAAAAGAAAUAUCUGAAAUACAAGUAGAAAACAUAAAAUAGUUCUACUAAGUAGCAAAUAAAAUGACAGAUUAGAGUUAGUAAAUAAAUAACAUUAUUGAAUCUUUUGAAUAAAGUUAAAAACAACAAAUUACCCAUGAAGAGUAUUUAAAGCCAAAAAUUGAAAUCUAAUUUAAAAAACUUAAAUAAAUCCCAAUUGUAAAACCAAAAUUGCUUAGAGAUGAUUAUUGGAUUAAAGUUUUUUAUGUUUUAUAAGAGAAAUCAAAGAAAUCAAUAAAAAAUUCAAGUUUAAUAUUUAGUACAAAAAAUGGAUUAAAAGUAUAAUCAUUUUGGAAAGAAGUCAAUAACAAAGACAAUCUACUCAUGAUUUUUCAAUCAAAAAGUGAUUAUAUCUUUGGAGCUUAUUCUCCUUGUAAGUGGGUAUCUAAUCUAAAUACUUAUGUGCAAGAUGAUACACUAUCAUCCUUUAUAUUUUCAUAAACACAUAAUUAAAUUUAUCCUUUGAAGUAAGAUAGAAAGUAAUAUGCAAUUUAUUGUAAAUCUGGUUAUGGACCUACAUUUGGAGGUGGAUCUGAUUUUUACAUAAAUGCUAAUUUCAGUGAUGGUUAUAGUAAUUUAGGUCAUUCAUAUCAAUUUGAUUAAUAUAAAAAUGAAAGUGAAGAUCCUCAUUUAUUUGGGUAAAAUAAACCAGAAAUAAAGGAAUGUGAAAUUUAUUAAAUAUCAUUUAUUUGA